AUGGCGCAAACUAAUAACGUCAGGGUUGGUUAUUACUCGUAUUCAAGACAUGACUUUCCUGUUGCGAACAUAAAUUUUUCCCUCUUCACUCACAUUAUUUGUGCUUUUGCUCGUAUAAAUUCCACCUCCUACCAACUCUCUUUAUCGCCCGAUGAAGAAAAACUCUUCUCCAACUUGACAGAAACUGUGAAACAAAAGCACCCUUCUGUCACUUCACUCUUAUCCCUUGGAGGUUCAAAAGUAAAUGUUUCAAUCUUUUCUUCCAUGGCAAGUAAUCCUUCUCAUAGAAAAUCUUUCAUCGACUCCUCCAUAGAAAUAGCUAGGCUUUACGUUUUUCAAGGUCUUGACCUAGCGUGGAUAUUUCCGAUCAAUAGCUCUGAUAUGUCCAACAUGGGUGUUCUCCUUCAAGAGUGGAAAUCCGCCGUCGCUUUAGAGGCAAGAAACUCUAGCCAGUCAGAACUAAUCUUGACAGCAAUGGUUGAAUAUUCACCAUUCAUGUCUUCAAGAAGUUACCCUAUAGAGGCAAUACAAAAAUACUUAAACUGGGUCAAUCUUGGAGCUGCUGGCUACCACAACCCUCAAAAGGAGAAUGUUACAGGCGCUAACGCAGCUCUUUACGACCCGAAUAGUGAUGUUUAUACAGAUCAGGGUUUAAGGGAGUGGAUGGAUGGAGGAUUAUCUGCAAAUAAGUUGGUUUUGCGUUUGCCUUUAUACGGCUAUGCAUGGAAGCUUGUGAACCCUGAAGACAAUGGCAUCGGUGCACCGGCAACAGGACCGGGAAUUACAAAAAAUGGAUAUCUGAGCUAUAAGGAUAUCAAGAAUCACAUUAAAGGAUCUGGUCAUAAAAUUGAUGUCAAAUACAACUCAAUUUAUGUGGUGAAUUACUACACAAUUGAAUCAUUUUGGAUUGGCUUUGAUGAUGUUGAGGCUAUCAGAGGUAAGGUUUCUUAUGCCAAGGAGAAGAAGCUACUGGGUUACUACGUGUGGCGAUUGGGAUUUGAUGAUAAUUGGGUGCUUUCUCAAGCAGCAGCUGAGGCGGAUAUUAACAACUCUUUCGAUCAAGAGGAUAGUAAGAGACCUUUGUUAGCCAUUAUUUUGUCUUCAACAGCAGCUGUUAUUCUUCUACUAGGAUUGUUUGUGAUAUAUUAUUGGCGGAGGAGAAAGCUCGAAUCAAGAGAGAUGCCAGACUGGGUGAAACGAUCCAAGUAUACAGUUAAUAAAGCAGCCGUAGAUUUUAGCAGCAGUGUUCCUAAUCUGGUGGAGUACACAAUGAAUGAUAUUGAGGCAGCUACAAAUAGAUUUUCAAUUGAAAAUAAGCUUGGGCAGGGUGGAUAUGGUCCUGUUUACAAGGUAGAAUUCAGGAAUGAAGUUAUGCUUACUGCAAAGCUCCAACAUAUAAAUCUUGUUAGAGUUUUGGGUUAUUGCAUUGACAGAGAAGAACACAUGCUAGUCUAUGAAUACAUGAAAAACAAAAGCUUAGACUAUUUCCUAUUUGGUAUGAAUUUUCUCGACCCCAAUAGACAUUAUGCUUUCGAUUGGAAAAAGCGUGUGCAAAUUAUUGAAGGGGUUACUCAAGGGCUUCUAUAUCUCCAAGAAUUCUCAAGAUUCACCAUUAUUCAUCGAGAUUUGAAAGCUAGUAAUGUUUUGUUGGACAGAAAUAUGAAACCUAAAAUAUCAGAUUUUGGUAUGGCUAGAAUUUUUGUAAAAGAAGAUGUUGAAGCAAACACAGAAAUGAUUGUCGGAACCUGGGGCUAUGUUCCUCCUGAGUUCUUGAGAAGGGGUAUAUACUCUACAAAGUCUGAUGUUUAUAGUUUUGGUGUCUUACUUCUUGAAAUCAUGAGUGCAAAAAGAGUUAAUGGGCGCUUAAAUUUCCUAGAUUAUGCAUAUGAGUUGUGGAAAGAUGGCAAAGGGAUGGAGUUUAUGGAUCCAUCGCUAGAUGAUGCAACUUCCUCUUAUAAACUCAAAAGAUGCUUACAAAUAGUUUUACUAUAUAUCCAAGAAAACCCAAAUGAUAGAUCGUCCAUGCUUGAGAUUUUCAAGAUGCUAAAAAAUGAGUCAAAAGAUAUCGGUAUUCCAAAUUGGAAACAAAAAGAUGGAAAUGAACAAAAUGAAGAUAAACAGAAGGCAGAAAUUUGUGGAGAGAGCAGCUCAUUUAAUGAUGUGACAAUGUCAGAUAUUGUAGCUAGAUGA